AUGCCACCCAAACGCGCAGCAAAGGCUGCAGCGCCCCUGGAAGGAGAAGGAGAAGAAGAACACGGCUUCGAGUUUGGAGGACCCAUCGGCGCGUCGCUCAUCUCCUUCGGCCUUCCCAUCGCGUGCUACGCCUUCGCAUUCCUCUGCAACGAUGUCACCGGCUGUCCUGCGCCCUCGCUCCUCGACCCGCGCAAACUGUUCACGCCCGGCGUGCUCUCGCGACAGGCAGGCUGGGAACAUGCACUCGACGUGCUCAAGACAGAAGUCGGCUGGCCGGGCUGGUCCGGUCUGAUCAAUAUCGAGGCAAUCGUGGGCACCCUCUUUUGGUACGGCCUGAGCCUGUUCCUAUACGUUCUGCUGCCCGCGCAAGAAGUCCAGGGCACCGAACUCAGGACGGGCGGGAGGCUGAAGUACAGGUUCAAUGCCUUCCUCUCUGCUGUCACCAUUCUCGUCGUCUGCGCGGCGGGCACCGUCGUUCGUGGACCGGACUUCCAAGUGUGGACGUUCAUCAACCGCAACUACCUCCAGCUUCUGACCUGUAACAUCAUCGUGGCCUACGGUCUUGCCACUUUCGUCUACGUCAAGUCCUUCGAGGUCAAGCCCGGCAACAAGGACUUGCGCGAGCUGGCAGCUGGAGGUCACAGCGGCAACUUGCUCUACGAUUGGUACAUUGGACGUGAGCUCAACCCUCGAGUGACCCUUCCGUUCUUCGGCGAGAUCGACAUCAAGGCUUUCAUGGAGCUGCGCCCGGGCUUGCUAGGCUGGAUCAUCUUGGACCUGGCUUUUGCAGCCAAGCAGUACAAGAGCUAUGGUAGAGUCACCGACUCAAUGCUUCUUAUCAUCAUCAGUCAGUCAGUCUACGUAUUGGAUGCGCUCUGGAAUGAGCCUGCUAUCCUGACCACAAUCGACCUCAUCCAGGAUGGCUUUGGAUUCAUGCUGUCAUUUGGUGACCUUGUCUGGGUGCCAUGGGUCUACUCAAUCCAGGCUCGCUACCUCAGCAUACAUCCUGUGGUUCUUGGUCCUUUCUACCUGCUGCUCAUUGUCGGCAUCCAGCUCUUUGGAUAUUACAUCUUCCGUUCCAGCAACAACGAGAAGAACCGCUUCCGCACGAACCCUGACGAUCCCUCAGUCGCGCAUCUAAAAUACAUUGAGACCACGACUGGCUCUCGUCUGUUGACAUCUGGCUGGUGGGGAAUGGCUCGUCACAUCAACUACAUGGGCGACUGGAUAAUGAGCUGGGCAUACUGUCUCCCAACUCUUGCUGCCGGCUACAAGAUCACACCUUCCAUCCUAUACCCGGGCACUCGUCUCGUGACCACUGACGGGAUGAAGGGCGCUGCGAUCCCCAUCACUUACUUCUUCAUGCUGUACUUUGCUAUUCUGCUGAUUCAUCGUGAGAUGCGCGACGAUCAGAAAUGCAGACGCAAGUAUGGCAAGGACUGGGAGAAGUACUGUGAGAAGGUUCCUUACAGAAUAGUGCCUGGCAUCUACUAA